AUGAAUUGGUGCAAACAUUUUGCAAAUUUAAGAUUAUUUUCUUCCGUGACUAAAUUGAAGAACGUUCGAGAGUACCAAGAUGAAAUAAUCAAAUGUAUCGAACAGGUUAAGGUGACUAACCCGCUUGUGCAUUGUAUAACAAACAGAGUAACUACUGAAAAGGUGGCAAACAGUUUGUUGGCGUUUGGCUCCUCCCCAGCCAUGAUUGAUAAUCCUAAAGAGGUAGAACAAUUUGCUCAGAUAUCCUCUUGCACCUACUUUAACUUAGGUUUACAUACAAGUCAGGUGGAAAAUGUAGACGUGUUAAAAAAAAUAAGACAAGAAAAAAUGAAAGAAAAAUUUAUUUUGAUAAUUGAUCCAAUAGCUGUAGGUGCAACAGAAUACAGAAGAAACAUGAUUAAAGAUAUUAUUACUAAAUGUAAACCAAAUGUUAUUAAAGGCAAUUUUGCUGAAAUUUUUUAUCUAGAUAAAGGAGAAUUUUUUGGAAAAGGUGUAGAUAGCAACAGCAAUACAUCCUAUAGUGAACCUGAUAUAAUUAAAAGUGCAAGAAAUGUUGCUUUAAAGUAUAAUUGUACUGUAGCUGUCACAUCAAAAUCUGAUAUUAUUGUCAGUCCAUGUUCAAAUUAUAUAUCCAAAAUUAAUUGUGAUCUAAAAAUUUUAACAAAAAUUACUGGUUCAGGAUGUUCAGUUGGUGCUCUUUGUGCCGCAGCAACAUCUGUUUAUCCGAAAAAUUCAUUUAUAGCAUGUACUGCAGCUUCUUUAAUUUACAAAAUGGCUGCUUUUAAGGCAUAUCAAAAAGAAAUAGGCCCAGGUACAUUAAGUCAUAAAAUUAUUGAUAAUAUUUAUUAUUAUUCAAAUAAUCCACAUUUUUUAAAUUUCCAAAUAGUGGACAUCUACAAGGCCAGUUGA